AUGGCACACUGGGAUAACAUCAAGAACAAUACCCCAUUCACAUGGGCCGGGCAAUCGGCCGACGACCCCUUCAGCCAACAACAAUGGGCGGCAGCAGCAGCAGGUCAUGAUGGCUCUUCUGCUCAGCCCAUCGGUCCCGCCGGUCUCCUCAGCACCGACGCUCCUAGGAAUGAUGAAUCCUUGAUCAAGGACUUUUACAACGAGCUUCAAGAUGAUAUUCAUCAAGCCGGCGUCUCCGGUCUGUCGUCCACUUGGCCGCCUACCAACGCAGCUGUGGCAGACCAGAACGAUCUUCCCUUCGACCUCGCCAUUGGCAAUGGCAUAGACCUCGACGCCGCUAAACCUGCGUCGUCAGAGCUGGCCCGUACAAGCAGCCAGGCGAGCUCGUCCGGCGUCGAUGAGGAGGAAUCUGUCGUCUUCAGCCAUGCCGGCGACUUUAGUAGCGGUCUUGGGUUCGAUGAUAGCUUUGGACGCGGCUUCUUUGGCAGCAUCAACAGCCCGAGCACCACCUUCUCCGACGCGAUCCUGUCUACGAACCAUUCUCUGGAGAGCAGUCCUGUCGUGAAUACUAGAUGUCCGUAUCUCAGUAUGCAGGCAGAGAGUCCCGUUUCUGGCGCUUCAUCGGCGACGGCGGCAAACACCCCGCAAUCAUCCGUACUCAGCGUCGACGAUGCCUUCGCCGACAUUGGGUUUGCUUCUGCAGAUACGCCAAGAAGCGUCCCGGGCCCGCAUGUCAGCGCCCUGUCGACGGGCUUGGCGAACCAGACUUCCUUUUCGGCCAGCUUGAGUCUGAGUCCUACGUCGCCAUUCUAUGAUCGUUGGGAUUCUGAUGUUGGGGAGGGAAGAGUUGACGAUUUUGACCAUCUGAUGUGGGAUACUCCGUCGAUUUCCGAAGGCUUUAUUCCGUACAACGCGAACCAGUUAGGCCCGUCGUUAGUAGUCGUUCCUCCCGAUAUGCCCGACAUUCACAUGGGCGACUUUGGAGAUGGUGCGACUCCCGACGCGCCGUCGUCCUCGCAGACGCAUCCCAUUGACUACUACCUCAAUGAGAUGUACACAGCUCCUCGAUUGACUCAACCUCGGAGCGUCCCAAACACAUCGGCGGCACAGAACCCUGCCGUGACCGCGGCUAGUGGUCUUCUGGCUCCGGGUAUGAUCCCGGGUAGAAGACUCAGGAGACGAUCAGACCCGGUUCGUAUGGACGCAGUCAUCAGAGGACAGGUCACGAGACUUCAAUCAGCCAUGGGCAGCACCACUCCUGCAUCGCAACGCAGAAGCCCCGUUCAACGUACCACGGCUCAAUUCCUCUCUGUAUCUGGCGCUUCUCACUUCCAGAGAUUGCGGUCAUCCGAGCCACCGCGGAGGUCAGGCGUGACAGAGCCAAUGCCCAUCGUGGCCCGUCCAAGAAGGUUGAGCAACAGCAGCAGUAGCAGAUGCUCUGACACGCAAAGCCUCGUGGGCCGCCCUGGUCGAUCAGGUCCGGCUCGAGGGCGCCGCCACGGUCCGAUGGAUCCCGUUUCUCGUGGACAGGCCAAGGAGACGCGGAACAAGAAGAUGGUGUGCAUUCGCUGCAAGCACUCCAAGCAAAAGUGCAAUCGAAGCGAUGAUUCCUUCCAGGGCUCUUGUACCGGAUGUGACAAACACGGCGGCUCUCAAAGAUGGCCAGGGCCCUGUGUCCGAGCCCAUUUCGAGGAUCUCAUUCAAGCGGGAACGUGUAACUACAUCUCACAACACGCCAUCUAUCACCCGACCCUCGACAACAAGACUCGCAUCCGCAGAGAGCUCCCAAGACAAAUCCAAAUCGAUAACCUCAUCCACAGGGUAAACCGCGCGCGAAAUCAGUUCAACUUACGCGUCCACCAAGACGGCCGCCCCAUCUACGUCCUAGACCUUGACGCGUGCUACGAGUACCUUCACGGCCUCCGACAGCAAAUGGACAGCAGCGAGUGCAGCUUCCAGGUCUUUAUCGACCGAGAGAUCCUACGCGUCGAUCCCAAGACAGACGACUGGGAGCGCUGCAUGACCCAGUUGACGACGUCGCGAGAGGACCCGCUCGCCUUACUCUGCCUCGUCAACAACAUGCCCAGCCGCGCAGGCUUCUCGUAUGUUUUCAAGCGGCAGUACACAUCCAUGGGCACACCCAUGGAGCAGUCCCUGAAUCCCGAGAACUCGCUCGAGGCGGAGAACCUCGUCCUCGCGGCCCAGCUUUCGAAGAUCAUGUGCCGCAAGCUCGAGGUCAAGGCCUACGGGAACCUGCAGCGCCUCCUGCACGAGUCGGGAAACAUGGACGACGACAAGGUUCUACCGUUUCUGCAGAGGCUCGGUCGGAUACUCCUGACGCUGCGCUGGCGACUAUCGUGGUGGGCCGUGGUGCCCGGGGACGCUGCCGCGUACGACAAGGUGAACGAUGACGUGAGAAAACAGGCUGUCCACGCGCGAGUACAGUCUCUGUGCCGAAUCCUCUACUUUUACUACUGCUGCGUGCGGAGGAGGUUGCCGGUGUGGACGAAUGUUGAUGCGCUGAGGGGCAUCCACUCGCGGUACCCGGACACCGAGGCUGAGAUUUGGGAUGACUUUCCUGGCAAUGAGAGCCUCGAAGGGUUCGAUGUGUGGAUGGAGCGAGGUACGGGGCUGAUUCGCGAAGCUGGGGUGUUGAGUCGAUUGCGCGCGAUGGGGUUGACUGCGUGA